UUUAACUACCUUAACCAUGGAACAGUGUGACACAUAUUUCCCUUUUCCCAUUUGCCACUUCCCUAAAUAGAAAAUCUAAAGCAAACACUCAAAUCUGAUUACCUCUUUCAUUCCAUAUCAUAUUCCUUCUCUCUAAAUCUGAGUUCUUAACUUUCUCUUAUCACACCCCAGACUAAGAUUUCAUCCAUCCCAGUUAAUCUUUGAAUCAGUUUUCAGUGGGUCAAUUUCUGACAAACUUUGUUAGGAAGCUGGUUUGGACUGUUGGGGGUUGCUAGUUUAAGUGUUGUUUUGGGUGGUAAAUUUGGUGCCUCAUGUCUGGUGAAACAAGAUCUGUGCUGUGAUCAGUUUCAGUCCAUAAUUUAGCUGUGAAAAAUCUAUUUGGAUUUGCAUUACUGUCAUAAAUGUCGAGGGGAAGAUCUGAUGGAUCGCAAAAGAAGCGUGUAAUUGCUUAUGCUUGUGGCGUGGCAAUCUUUAUCGGAUUUCUGUAUGUGUACCAAGGAUCCAUCUUUGGUUCUCAGAAUGUUAGUUCAUCUGCACUUGAAUAUGGCAGCAAGUCAUUGAAAAGACUCGGGGCAUCAUAUUUGGGUACAGAUGAUGCUUCUGAUAGCAAGCAAGAGGAUUCUUCACCAAGGAUUGGGCAGGGAGAUGCUGAGGAUGAUAUUGUACCGAAGAGUUUCCCUGUUUGUGAUGAUAGUCAUUCGGAGUUGAUUCCCUGCUUAGACAGACACCUUAUCUAUCAAUUGAGAUUGAAGCUGGAUCUUUCUUUGAUGGAACAUUACGAGAGACACUGUCCUCCUCCAGAGAGGAGAUUCAAUUGUUUGAUUCCUCCUCCGGCAGGAUACAAGAUCCCUAUAAAGUGGCCACAGAGCAGAGAUGAGGUAUGGAAAGCAAACAUACCACACACUCACCUUGCACAUGAGAAGUCUGACCAGAACUGGAUGAUUGUAAAAGGUGAAAAGAUAGUGUUUCCUGGAGGAGGGACACAUUUUCACCAUGGAGCUGACAAGUACAUUGCAUCAAUUGCAAAAAUGCUCAAUUUUUCACAAAAUAUUCUUAAUAAUGAAGGAAGACUGCGGACAGUUCUUGAUGUUGGAUGUGGUGUUGCGAGUUUUGGAGCUUAUCUUCUUUCAUCGGAUAUCAUUGCAAUGUCCUUGGCACCCAAUGAUGUGCAUCAAAAUCAAAUUCAAUUUGCUCUAGAGAGAGGAAUUCCUGCAUAUCUUGGUGUCUUGGGAACCAAGAGACUCCCUUACCCUAGCAGAUCUUUUGAACUUGCACAUUGUUCUCGGUGCCGGAUCGACUGGCUUCAGAGGGAUGGAAUACUACUCCUUGAGCUAGACCGGUUGCUUAGGCCAGGAGGUUACUUUGCAUACUCAUCUCCAGAAGCAUAUGCUCAGGAUGAAGAGGAUAGAAGGAUAUGGAGGGAAAUGAGUGCCCUUGUGGGACGUAUGUGUUGGAGAAUUGCUGCAAAACGGGACCAGACUGUCAUCUGGCAAAAACCUCUUACAAAUGAAUGUUAUAUGGAGAGAGAACCCGGCACUCGGCCUCCUCUUUGCCAGUCUGAUGACGACCCAGAUGCAGUUUGGGGAGUAAAUAUGGAAGCUUGCAUCACACCUUACUCUGACCGUGACAACAAAGCCGGGGGUAGUGGAUUAGUUCCAUGGCCUAUGAGACUGACCACUCCUCCUCCUAGAUUAGCUGACUUUGGCUAUUCAAAUGAAAUGUUUGAAAAGGAUACGGAACUAUGGCAAGGAAGAGUUGAGAAUUACUGGAAUCUGGUGGGUCCUAAAAUGACACCAAAGAUGGUGAGGAAUGUGAUGGACAUGAAUGCAAACAUGGGUUCAUUUGCAGCUGCUCUCAGAAGCAAGGAUGUUUGGGUUAUGAAUGUUGUACCACGUGAUGGACCAAACACGCUAAAGCUUAUAUAUGACAGAGGCCUGAUAGGAUCUAUCCAUGACUGGUGUGAAGCAUAUUCAACAUACCCCAGGACAUAUGAUUUACUCCAUGCAUGGAAUGUGUUUUCUGACAUUGAUAAGAAAGGGUGCAGUCCAGUGGAUCUACUGAUAGAGAUGGAUCGUCUAUUGAGGCCUACUGGUUUCAUCUUCAUAAGGGACAAGCAAGUUGUGAUUGAUUUUGUGAAGAAGUACCUAACAGCAUUGCACUGGGAAGAAGUUGCAACUGCAGAUGCAGGUUCUGACUCUGACCAAGAUGCCAAUGAAGUGAUUUUGAUUGUCCAGAAGAAAUUAUGGCUCACCAGUGAAAGCUUUAGGAAUACAGAAUAG